AUGUAUCAGGCAUCCGUGCGCGCUCCAUGCGGUGUUGAGCCAUGGGGCGGGGUGGCUAGUGGAGGUCGGGGGAACCAGCCACGAACCACUUCAGAAGGAAACAUGCCGCCGAAAAAAAAGACCAAGACAAAGGACGCCGUACCAAACAAGAGCCCGGCGCAGGACGAAGAAGCACGGCAACCGAGCCACGAGGAACCGUCGACUGACCAGCAACCAUCCGCGCCACCCGCAAGAACGAAAACGACCAAUCAUCUCGACCUCACCCAAAAAGUCGCUAGACUGCUCUCCCAAGAACCAUCUGCUCAGCCUAUCCCCAACCCUUCAACCGGAUCUCUGUCCACCAACCUCAAUCAACCCGCCUCCACGAUUCCCUUCCUCAAUCUUCCAGAUGUGAACCAUCAAUUAAACUCACUGAUAAAUCAAAAAGUCGAAAUAUUUGAAGAAAAAAUCAAACUUUAUCAAAAUCAAGUCGCACAGCUUCGUAGGGAACUUGAAACGAAGGAUCAACUCCUCGGUGAGCUGCAAAAGAUUCGACAGACGGAUGCCGAGCAUCUCCUCGAGAAACACAAACAGAUAGCCGAAACCAAGUUCGCAGCCUAUGAAAAGUUAACCAAGUCACAAGACGAAUCAGUCAAGAAUUUCCGACAAAAGGUCAUCGAUCUCAAUGCGAAACUAAGCCGCGUCUAUAGUGGAGAGGAAGAGCGAGAUCGUCAGAGGUUAGAGGAAGAGAAAGAGGCGCUGAUCCAGGAUAAUCAACAGUUGAAGGCCGCCCACGAUGCCCAAAGGAAACGCCGGAAGGAGGCCGAACGGGCUGCUCAGCAUGCGAGAUCAUCUGCCGAGGAAGCCGUACAGGAACAGCUGCAAGAAGCUAAUGAUGAAGUUAAAACGCUGAAAAAGAUGUUGGUCGCGGAGACCGAAAACUCGAAAGCGAUGAUAGCCCAACUGAAUCAACUCCGAAGCAACUCGACUUCCUCCAACUCUAACAACCCUUCACGCCACCACAAUUCAAACAAUACCAACUCCAAUAAUUUGGCUAAUCAGCUUGCGAAUGAGAAAACCAUUGACGAUCUCAAACGAAGACUCUCGCUCAUUGGCGAUUUCACUGGAUUCGAAAUCCUCAAGACGACCUAUGAUAAAAAAGAUAAAGGUCCUAUAUAUGAGUGCAUCUUGGCUGAUAUCGUUGAUCGAGGCUUUGCGUUACAUUUCAAGCUCCAAGUCCAUCCCGAUGACAGCUGUUCAUACACGCCAUCAAUGGACCCUGAACGCGACUCGGAGACAAUCAAGGUGGUCCCUGAGUUCCUGCGCCAAUUCGUCCGCUUCGGACACUCAGCAUGUCCUCACGUAUAUUGGAAGCUCUUCCAGGCCUUCAAUCUUGAUGACACUUGA